GAUCGGCGCUUGAAUCAUGACAGAUCGAUAACGACCUAACCUCACAAAACUGAGUGAUAGAAGUAAAGGGCAAAUGUGCCGGUGAUAAAUAUAUUCUAAAUAUUGCCACGUUUAUGAUUGAUGCAAUAACAAGUGAUCCCUCAGAAGUUUGCAAUUUAUCAUGAAAUUGUGGUUAUGUUUGAUAAUAAGUGUCCUAAGUUACGUUCCCGAAAUAGAAUGUUUAGAUCAAAUUGUUUAUGCCAUAAACUGUGGAGGUGAGGCACACACAGACUCCCAUGGGAUUCGCUACGAGAGGGACCCAUUGCAUGGUAAAAUUGGGAUUGCAUCAGACUACGGCAAACGGUUGUUAAUUGGAAGAGUGCCACCAAACGACCACAUUUUAUAUCAAACUGAAAGGUAUCACACAAAUACCUUUGGAUACGACAUCCCUGUGAAUGCCGACGGGGAGUAUGUCCUUGUUUUGAAGUUUUCCGAAGUGUAUUUCAAUGCACCCAACCAAAAAGUGUUCGAUGUCGUCCUUAAUGGAGACCACACCAUUGUCUCCGAUUUGGAUAUUUUUGAGAAAGUUGGGCGAGGAGUUGCCCACGACGAGUACAUACCGUUCAAAAUAUCAAAGGGGCGCCUGAUUUAUGGUAGUGAAGAGUCUGAGAUACGAGGCUCCAAAAUAAGGGUGGAAUUUAUUAAAGGUUACAAGGAUAACCCAAAAAUCAACGCAAUGUACGUAAUGCGAGGGAAAGUUGAUGACGUACCCAAACUACCACCGAUACCUGUGGAACCUGAUCCAAUCGAAGAGUACAAGGAAGAACCUGAAGUGGUUCCGAAAAACCUUAGACCUAGUGGACCCAAACAACCUGAUCCAUAUGCCAUGGAUGAUUCUUCAGUUAUGUUACCUGUUUUUAUAGCAAUUGGAGCGUUUAUACCUUUACUAUUUUGUCUUUGCAAAUUGUGAUCCUUGUUUUUUUUAACACAAUGUGAUUAUGCCAGUGUUAUUUUCAGCCUUUUUUAUGUAUAGAAAAAGUGGUUUAGUACUGGUUAAAGGGAUUUUUUAAUGAGUGUAAAUAUUUACAGUAUUAUCAGUUUGCUGGGUACUUAUUUAUGUCAUCCUUUUUUUUGCUGAUUGUUAAAGAUACGAUAUAGAAGUGCAUAAAUAAAGACUUUAUAGCUAACGUUUAAUAAAGAUUUUAUUAAG